ACACGUGGCAGGUACAAAUCCAAGUUGCAUGCUGCGACGGACUGUUCUGUGGGCCUGACAACAGAGCAGAAAUGUGAGCUGGCUGAGUGGGAGCUGACUGAGGUGGAGGAUGAGAUUCAGAGGAUGAAGCAGGAUUCAGAGCAGACCUUGCAGACCCUUGAGGCAGUCAUUGAAGAAGCAGAUGUUUGGUGGACUGAUGUUAAGAAAGCCACCAGUGACUUUGAGAAAGACAUCAUCAUCAGCGUUUCCAGCAAGAAAGGGAGUAUCAUAGCUUCUGAGAAGCUGCUGAGAUACAUGGAGGAGAAGAACUGCCAGAGGGAUCUGCCGAGAGAGAAGUUGCGCUUAGAAAAUGACCUGCUCGAGGCUUACAAGACGCAGCUGCAGCCGCAGGUCAGGCAGGUGCGUGGGCAGAUGGAAAAGACACUCCGUGAGGUCCGUUUGCAGCAGCUGCGGGUUAGAAAUGCUGAGCAGCAGGAGAAGAUUGAUGAGAAGAACCAAGAGCUGCUGCAGCUAAAACUGACCAUCGAGAAAACUGUCAAGGUCCUCAACUUCUAUAAAAGGUAGCUGCAGGACACCAUAAAAACAUCCAAGUCUCUAAUGAAAGACAUCUCCCAGAGGAAGGAGCUGCUGGAGAAAAUGGAAAGAGAAGCUGCUCUGGUGGAGGAGCAACGAGCCAAAGCUGAGAGUGGGAAUUGGCAGCUGCGGAAGCAGCUCUCAGACUACAGCGUCGCCCCUGUGCUGAGUUACGUGCAGAAGAAGAUGGCUGUUACUGACCUGCAAAACAGCCUCAAGGCUUGGGAGAGGAAGGUGGCAGUCGCCAAAAUGUCCUUGCAAAGCUACUGCAGAGCAUGGAACCUGGUCAGGCUGUCUGGUAACCAGCACUAG